GUCUCAGACCCGCUCAGUCUCGUCUCUACCAAAAAGCAACAAAUUUGUUUGUUCUCAGUCUCUUUCAACACACUGCAACCAUGAUGCCCCCACCGAGCACUUGCCCUGUCUGCAACCAUGAGGGCAAGGCAACGCACGCAUUCAGCUUCAACCACACCAAAGAGCAAGAGCUUCCGGCAGGGAUGACUGGGCACCCGGACUACUGCGUGUGGAUGUGCGAUGCGUGCUUCCAGCUGCUUCCCCAGAUUGACCCGAACCGCCAGAUGACCAAAGAACAGGCACUGCCGCUCAUAAGAAAGGCACGCUCGACGACCUCUGCCAAGCUGCUCGGUGCCACACUGUGAGUGAUGACGAAGCUGGAAGAACGAGUGAGAAAGACGGUCGGUUGGUUUGAUGACUUUGCAGCCGUUCCUUCUCUCUCCUUUUCCCGUUGCUGCAUACCCCGUUCGCUGAGUGUGUCGGUUUUGUUGUUAGGGAUUGCGGUGUUGGCAGUCCUAUUUCGUAGUCUCGGUCUCGGGGAAUGUGUGUCGGACGUGUUCCAAUGUGUCUGUGCAUGUAGAUGUCGAAUUUGACGUCACCAUCGGGGGUGGUUUCCCCUCCCCAACUCCUUUGAUCUCUGCCUCGCCCCUGACCUUUGCAUUUACGCGUGCACGAUUAGCUAAAAUGGACGUGUUGCUGUUCAUAGAUCCGGAUCUAUCGAUUUCCCCUUUGAGUUGCACUGGUCCGAUACUCGGGUCACAAUCAAUUCAAUGGCGUUGUACAAAAUACAGUUUUUGCGUUUUUUU